AUGCCUCCUCAUCUAUUAGACCUGACUGACGAAGUACUACAACGUAUCGCCUACUUCACUAAUCGUGACUCAAUCAUUCCUAUACCCAGCUAUGGACCACAUUGGCAGAACUUCCGAGGAGAUAUCAGAAGUAGCUCUGCAAAAGAUCUCUUAGCAUUCAGAUCAACCUGCAAGAGAAUACGCGAUGUUUGUGGAUUGGAGAAUAUUCAUGUUUACAUCAAAGACCGGAUGAAAUGUAAAUAUUGGUUGAACGAAAGUUCCCUUGAGGUGGAAAAGGCAGUCAGUCGACUAAGAUACCACCCUCAACGUCCAGGCUCAGAUGUAACCUCAGCUUGGGCAGCAUUCUCCACACUUCUUCACAACUUCCCUUCCUUGAAAGAAUUACUCAUGGAUGAGAGUUUCUCAUGUAGUCAUACAUAUUACGACUAUGACUUAUCUCAAUUGAAAAAAGCACCAAGACUACCUCGAUAUCCCAUAUUGACCAAUCUUAAAUCGCUCUUAAUCUCCAUCGACUGUCCCGCCUGUUCGAUCAUUAUUCCUCAUAUGAUACUCCCAGCAGCCAGACUACUCAAACAUCUCAAAGUUAGGCUAGUAGCUCCUGAAGAAUAUACAAGUGAUACGGUCGACUAUAGCCCCUCCGAGAGCUUUAAGAAGAUCAUUGAUACCUGGUGUAAAGAUGACGAAAGUGGCAGUAGACGAAAUCAAUUGAAGACUUUAUAUCUGAAAUACCCUCCGUUGCGCAGUGAUAGGAUUAAAUCAGGUUGGACUGGUACCAUCAAGGAAGCGUUCAAUUCUUUGCCUAAAUUGGAAGAUUUCAGGACAACGCAGUACUAUAAGAAUGAAGACAUGCUCGCUGCUGGUAUAACCGUGAAAGGUCGUAAGAACCGAAAAGGUGAAUGGAAUUUCAAAGUCAAAAAGCAAGUAGUAGAAGCUGGUCAAGAUGGAUAUCAAUCUUUUGUGAAUUUUAUCUUGAUCUUGAACCUUCAUUUGGUUUACGUCGUGAAGGAGAUUUGUCCUGAAUCCAGUCCAACCCAUCUGAAAUAUUUCGAUCCAAUUAUCCUCAUCGAGCUAGACUACAUACGACCUAUGAACAAGGUAGCCACCCUCACCCAGACACGUCGAUCGUGGCUAAAAGGACGACUCGAUAAUGAUCCAAUUGCUAUCAAAGAAGAUGAAGCCGAACAAGCAGGGUACGAAGUCAACUUUCAACAUGCUGCCGCUGCUAUCGCGACAACUAUGUUAAAGUAUUUUCCUACAUUGGAAGGUGGGGCAUUAUGGGAAAGAGGAUCAGAGACCAAUGAAUUUGAUUGGUUACAAUGGAAUUGGACUAAAUCAGGAAAUAAAGUUAGCAUAGAAGAACAUCCAUGGGUUUUACCUCCUGAAUUUGUAGGUUCAAGAGAAGGACGAAGAACACCUAAAUUACCUAGUGGCGACGAUUAUCCUUACUCUGAUUCAGAGACUGGCAGUAGUUCUGGAAGUGAGGAUGAUGAUGAUAACUAG